CUCACCUUUUCACCAUUGUGACCUUCCUUGGCUGUUGCGGCAGGAGCUACUCCAGCCUCUAUAAUUGCCUAGUUUACCGCACUUAUCAGCUUGGACAUCGAGUUGGUCUGGGAACUCUGUCAUCUUCACAAUGUCUGAACUGUCUUACGUGGACGCCGAAGAAAUCGCCGAAGCCUGCAAGUCAGCAGACUACUUCGACGGCUCUUCAUCCAAUUCCCGGAACCAACCCCUACACGAGUGUCAUUACAUUGACAAUGCCGUGGGGCGACGCCCAGAAAACUUGCCCGCAGAGCUUCUAGUGGAGGCCAUGACCUACAUCGUAGACGGGGACACGGACGCCUCCUGGUGGCAGUCAAUCUCCCUCGUUUCCCGGUACUGGCACGGAGUUGCGCGCGAGGCUGCCGUUCUGUGGUCUAGCCCGUGGGCAUCUUACAAUCCCAAGCUUUUCCGCGCAGCAAUCGAAAGAUCACGCACCUUCCCGCUUGACGUCAACAUCGCCGGCCCAUUCUCUUGGUGUCUCGCAGCGUUGGACGCUGUCCGGCCGCACGCCGACCGCGUUUGGCGCCUUGCCUUCGGUCCCGGCCCCGAGCAGUCUGAGAACAUCCCCCUUCCAGACAUAAUCGACAUGUCGUAUCUUGAUUUUGAAGUGCCCAACUUGACAGACCUCCACCUCGACCUGCAGCACUUCGCGGAGCAGACACCGUUCGUGAUCACCCACUCGCGCUACCCCCGCCUCCGCGACCUCACCCUGGAAGCCGCGACGACGCCGUGCGACAAGGAGGCCUAUGCGGCGCUCACGAACCUGACGCUCUUGGAUCAGCACCACAUCGAGGGAUUUGAGCAGACGCUGGAGGAUUUCGCCGCCAUGCUCCGCGCUUGCACUCACCUGCAAUACCUGCACAUCGAGGAAUCUGGCCCGGACGGCCGGAACGACCAUGAACUGAUGAUGCGCCCAACCGAUCCCCGGACGACUGUCCGCCUCUCUCGCCUCCGCGUACUGGGCCUCCGGGAUGAGGACAAGAAUACGGCCCUCAUCUUGAAGCACAUCACCUUCCCCCGGAGGACCUGUAUCUAUAUCACGAUGAUUCACGAGGAACACCUACCGUCGGGGAACAUGCAGGGUUUCUGCGUCACGCCGAGCGUUGAGAAGGUCCUCUCCAAGGUGGAGGUCAUUCGCGUCGUCACAUGGCCCUCGUUCCGCAUCCGCAUCGAGCUGCAACCGAGCAUAGACAAGAAAUUCGAAUGGGACUCGUGCGAGCAGCGAUCGUGCAUCGGCCUCGAUCUCGAGGGCCCAUCGGCCGACGGCGAGCUGGACAUCUGCUGGAGCGUUAUGGCGUUGACGACGAAUCCGCAGAAGCUCGCUGCCGCGCCGCUGAAGUGCCUGAUUAUCCAGGGCAGAUACUGGGACACCCAUUGGCGGCGCUUCUUGAUGGCGUUCCCUUCCCUCGAGGAGAUCCGCAUCGAGGACUACGAACGCCUGCAUCGCGAGUUCUACGAGGCCCUGACAGUCAGGGACCCCCGCACGGGGGGAUGGUCCCGGAGCUCGGGAGGCGAGACAUGGUGCGUGUGCAUGAGCUGACCGACGAGGAGUGGGACCGUGCCUUGCUGUUCGGUACGAAGUGGUGGGAACCUCCCUUCUAGUAUGAGUAUGACCUUCAAUAUUUGAUUCUCCGUGGAACAGGGUUUAGACUGUAUUGUUGUAUGACAUACUGAGAAU